AUGAUAAAUAAUAAUAAUAAAGAGAAAAUUUUAGAAGAACAAUUUCAAGAAUUAUAUAAUUUAGUUAAAAAAAGAUGUAAAGGGUUAAUACCAAAUUUAUCAGCUAAAGGAUAUUGUAUUAAUGAAUUGACAACAUUAACUAAAGAUUCAAAAGAAAGAGAAACAUUGAAAGAAGCAUUAGAAGUUAAAUUUUAUAAUAUUGAAAGUUCAAAAUAUUGUUCAAGUUGUUUCCAAUCAAAAAAUGAUUUAAUCAUGACAAAUAAAUUCACAAAAUAUGCAGUAAUUAAUAAAUUUGAUAUUAUUGAUAAAUCAUUAUCUUUGGAUUCAAUUAAACCAGUUUGUGAUAAAUGUUUCAAAUUAUUAGAUUUUAAAUAUAUUUUUUCAAAACUUUCACAAUUACAACAACAACAACAACAAAAUAACGAAGAUGAAUGUAUUUCAUUAAUUAGACACUUUGCAAUGUUAAAUAAAAUUGAUAUUUUACAAUCUGAUUGGAAAGAUAAAGUUCAAGAAAUUUAUUCAAUUUUAUUUUCAUUAUAUACAAUUAUAAAUAAUUUACCAUCAAUUUCAGUAAAAGUUGGAAAAGAUUCAAAAGAUUUAAUUAAAUUUAAUAAUACAAUUGAAAUUUUAAAGCAACUUUAA